GCUCAUUCAAUACAGAUCACUCCAAUCAAAACCCUUCUUUCUUUUUAAUUCCUUCCUUUUUUUUUUGAUUUAUCUAUUUGUUGUUGUGUUAAUAGUACGAAUCUUUAGAUUGGUUGUUCUUCCUCGAUUCAACACUUGAUGCGGUGAAGCACAUGUUUUGGCCGGAAAGUUUUUUUUAGUUAUCUCCGGCACAUGUAAUGCGAAGUAACCGGAAGAAUCUAUAAACUAAAAAAAGUGAAAGUAGUAGUACGAUGUCGGUGUACGAUGCUGCUUUCCUCAAUACUGAGCUUUCGAAACCGACAUCGAUCUUUGGUCUCCGGCUAUGGGUUGUCAUCGGAAUCUUACUCGGAUCUCUUAUUGUCAUUGCUCUCUUCCUUCUCUCCCUCUGUCUAACUUCUCGCCGGAAGAAUCGAAAGCCGCGUCACGAUUUCGCUUCCGCCGCAGUAGCCACGCCGCCGAUUUCCAAGGAGAUCAAGGAGAUUGUUCCGGCGCAGACGCAGCCUGUUCCGGCGGAGAUCCAGGUCGAUAUAGGGAAGAUCGAGCAUCGAGUGGUGUUUUCAGAUCGAGUGUCGAGUGGUGAGAGUAGAGGAACGGCUAGUGCUAGCGAAACGGCGUCGUAUUCCGGCAGUGGGAAUUGUGGGCCGGAGGUUUCGCAUCUUGGAUGGGGGAGAUGGUAUACUCUCAGAGAGCUUGAAGCGGCCACGAAUGGGCUUUGUGAAGAGAAUGUUAUCGGAGAAGGUGGUUAUGGGAUUGUCUACCGUGGCGUUUUAACUGAUGGAACCAAAGUCGCCGUCAAGAACUUGCUUAACAAUAGGGGUCAAGCAGAGAAGGAAUUCAAAGUAGAAGUGGAAGUAAUUGGGCGUGUACGGCACAAGAAUCUCGUUAGGCUUUUAGGGUAUUGCGUCGAAGGUGCAUACAGGAUGCUCGUGUAUGACUUUGUCGAUAAUGGUAACUUGGAGCAAUGGAUUCACGGUGAUGUUGGCGAUGUCAGCCCUCUAACUUGGGAUAUCCGUAUGAAUGUUAUACUCGGGAUGGCAAAAGGAUUGGCGUAUCUACACGAGGGUCUUGAACCAAAGGUUGUUCAUAGAGAUAUAAAAUCAAGCAACAUCUUGCUUGAUCGCCAAUGGAAUGCAAAGGUUUCGGAUUUUGGACUUGCUAAGCUCUUGGGUUCCGAGAGCAGUUAUGUUACUACCCGUGUGAUGGGAACUUUCGGUUAUGUAGCACCAGAAUAUGCUUGCACCGGAAUGUUAAACGAGAAGAGUGAUAUCUACAGCUUGGGAAUAUUAAUCAUGGAGUUAAUCACAGGAAGAAACCCGGUUGAUUAUAGUCGCCCUCAAGGAGAGACGAAUCUAGUGGAUUGGCUGAAAUCAAUGGUAGGGAACCGAAGAUCAGAAGAAGUAGUUGAUCCGAAAAUACCCGAACCACCAUCCUCAAAGGCUCUUAAACGAGUGUUGCUCGUAGCUUUGCGUUGCGUAGAUCCUGAUGCAAACAAGAGACCUAAAAUGGGUCAUAUCAUACACAUGCUUGAAGCUGAAGAUCUACUCUUUCGAGAUGAACGACGAACGACAAGGGACCAUGGAAGCCGCGAGAGACAAGAGACAGCUGUGGUUGCUGCGGCGGGUAGUGAAAGUGGUGAGAGCGCUUCACGGCAACAUCAGCAAAAGCUGAGGUGAAAAAAGAGUCAACUAAGGUUAAGUGACUUUCCAUUUCACACGGCCAUUAUAUUUCAAUUUUUUUCCCGGUAUAUUAUUGUCUCACUUACCUAAUAUUUUCAUUCUUUGGCUCUUCGAGUCUUCUUUUGGCCUUACGGAAUUAACUUUCUUCUUCUUUGUAACCCUUUUGUCAACGAACGAUCACAUUCACAUGUCAUUAUAAGUUAUUUAUAUGUAAUGUAAUGUUUGGACUUUGGACCCGACCUCGAAGCUAUGUUCGGCCCCUAGCAUAAUAAGCAGGGGAUUGGUCGAUGGA